CAUGUACAGCUCAGAGCAGCAGGAGCCCAGCACAGCCCUGCGGGGAUAGGUGUGAAGGUGGUUCCUUGUGGCACAGUGGGACGCCCCCCAGGCCCUGGAGGAACGUGGAGUCUUGCUGGGAAGAAGGAGAGCUCCUCUCUGCCUGCUGCCCGUUCACCUACUGUGCUUCCAGGGAUUUAUACCAGGAUUUGGAGCUUAGAGCCCUGGAAGUAUAUUAGUGCCAUAGGAUUGCUGGAGAGCCUGACAGCGAUGGGGGAUGCAUUACAGAGGAGGGACAUUCCUUCAGGAGGGCCUGCACGUCCGUGAGCCCUGGCUGCUGGUGGCGGAGGGUGCCUGGGGCUGGGCUGCUCACCCAGCCCUGGGCUGGGGGCAGAGCCGCGGUGCUUGCAGGGCACAGCCAGCGAAGGGCGAAGAGCUGGGGUAGGGCCUGCAGGGACAGCCCAGAGCUCUGGGAGACCAGGGCUGCCAGCAGAGCCAGUGCUGCUCCAGGCACCUCUUCCUGGGGUGGGGGUGGCGGACACGGCGACCCUCGGUCCCUGGGCUCACCGUGGAUGUCCCUCGGUGCGCCGCCGGCAGGACCGCUCCCCUAGUGCUGGUGCGGAGGGACGGAGGGCUGCUCGUCUCACCAUGGUGCUGCCACCCCCUGACAAGCGCCACGUCUGUCUGACCACCAUCGUCAUCAUGACCAGCAUGGCCUUCAUGGACGCCUACCUGGUGGAGCAGAACCAGGGGCCCCGCAAGAUCGGUGUGUGCAUCAUCGUGCUGGUGGGGGACAUCUGCUUCCUCAUCGUGCUGCGUUACGUGGCCGUGUGGGUGGGGGCCGAGGUGAAGACAGCCAAGCGGGGCUACGCCAUGAUCCUCUGGUUCCUCUACAUCUUUGUGCUGGAGAUCAAGCUGUAUUUCAUCUUUCAGAAUUACAAAGCAGACAAGAAGAACCUGGAGACGGUGGCCAGGAAAGCCCUGACCCUACUGCUCUCCAUCUGUGUGCCAGGGCUCUACCUGGUGCUGGUGGCCUUGGACAGCAUGGAAUACAUACGGACCUUUCGGAAGAAAGAGGACUUGCGGGGCCGCCUCUUCUGGGUGGCCCUCGACCUGCUGGAUAUUUUGGACAUACAGGCCAAUCUGUGGGAGCCACAAAGGACUGGCCUGCCCAUCUGGGCAGAGGGGCUCAUGUUCUUCUACUGCUACAUACUCCUCCUGAUCCUGCCUUGCGUGUCCCUCAGUGAGAUCAGCAUGCAAGGGGAGCACAUUGCCCCGCAAAAAAUGAUGCUCUACCCUGUCCUCAGCCUGGUCACCAUUAACAUCGUCACCAUCUUCAUCCGGGCCAUCAACAUGAUCUUGUUCCAGGACAGCAGGGUCUCCACUAUCUUUAUUGGCAAGAACAUCAUCGCAAUCGCCACCAAGGCGUGUACUUUCCUGGAGUACAAGCGGCAGGUGAAGGAGUUCCCCCAGAAUGCCAUUGCCCUGGAGCUCCAGCAGAACUCCCUCUCGCACAACCAGACCAUCCACAGCACGCAGGGCAUCCCUCAUGAGCCAUCGCCCACCAGCGAGAUCCUUGACACAUGAGGGACCCCCCCAGCCAAGCCUUGGUUCAGAUAGCCCCGUGCUGAGCAGAGGAGGGAUGUUGCUUCCUCGCUGCCUGGCGCGAGCGCGACCGACAAAUCCCGGCAGGGAGGGCUCUUCUAGGCACAGAAACACCAACCGCGUUUUAAUUGAGCUGUGGAGUGUCCUCUAGACGUCUUCAUCUCAGGUAUAACCCUAGGAGUCCUCCAGACAAACCAAAUGUACUUGCAAACGACCUGAACCAGCUAACCCUCUUUCUCCCUCCUGCCACAGUCUCCCCUCCCGAGCAAAGACCGCUAAGGUUGCAAUGUCCCUUUCUACUCCCCCAGCACCUCACCUUUACUCCAAGCCUGGAUCGAAGAUUUUGUUACUGGAGUCCUUUUUAUGGAGUGGGGACAGGGGCAUAGGGGUGUGGAUAAGGGGGGAGGGGUGGGAGGGGAGGGUGGGACAUUUGAAGCAGUAAACCCUGUGAUUGUAGCUGUCUCUUAUCUCCAAUGGUUGUGUUUACAGUUUCCUAUUUAUAUUGGCCCCGGGGGCUCCUGGGCUGCCCUGGGGGCCAGUGUCCUUGUGGAGGGCAAGAGCAGGAAGCCCUGCAGCGGGGAGCAGUGGGGGAGGCUGGCAUGGCUCUCCUGCCCUGGGACGAGGGGGGCUGUACCUCCACACUGCACUACGCCAACUCUGAUGGGAGCAAUAUUUGACAAGCUGAAGCUAAUCUAAUGCUGGUGUUUUAUGUAUUUCAUUGACUCCGAACAACUCAGCACAAUGUUUCUAUUUUUAGAAGGGUCCCUCUCUGUCUCCCUGCCAUCGUGAGCCUCCCUGCCUGCAGCAGCCGGUGCAGAUGCUCCGGGCCCCCAGCACUGCUGCCGGCGGGAACAGGCACCUGGGAGGGCUUAGAAAUAAGGAUGGCGAUGAUGCAUUUCACUCGGGCACUGAGUGUUUUUAAAGAGGGCUGCUUUCCACAGCUACUAUAUUUUUAAAAUAAACAUUUGGAAAAAAAAAAAAAAUCCCCAAAAAGGAGCCUGGAAGGAUGUGGUGCCCUGAGCAGGUGGCUGGGAUUGGGGAUGGCCGAGCUGGGGUCUCCCCAGCUGGCAUGGGUGGUGCUGAUGGGCUCAGCUGGCCAUGAGCAGCAGGGUGGGAGGUGAGAGCCGAGCAGAUAAUAAAAGCCCCAUGAGAGCAAUGGUUUCUGGUGGUCUUUUUCCUGCCAGUGUGGGGAGGGAUGGUAGUGGCUCCCAUGCAAUCCUAAUCACUUGUCUCCUCCUCUGUUCGUCUCCCCUGGACCACCAAGUGCUGUUACAAGGUGCUGUGCCCUGAAGUCAUUGAGCAGUGGAUUCAAGAAGGAAAUAAAUAAUUUUUCCAGCUGAAAUGCUGCCCUGGGACUGGGUGCCUCGCAGUUGCCUGAGCCUGGUGGGAGGCACAAAGAGACAAGCAGAAAACUUGCAUCUCAAACAUGCCAAAGUGGGAUAUUUUUGCUUUUUCUAAACCAAACAUUUCAUAUUGAGGAGAUGGAAUAAAAUGCCUGGUGCUGUUUACAUUUCUCUUCCACAUUUUCUCUUGACUCUUCUCACUGAAUUUGACCUAAAUCCACAAAUCAUUUCUGUUUCCAUCUUUUCAGCCCAUCAUGAUCUGUCCAAGACAUUUCAACCAGCCCUUAUCCAGACUUCCAAAUUUAGGACCAGACUAUCAUAGUCCUGCUUGGCCACCCUGUCACCCAGGGAUGACUCUAUGGUAAUAAAUCCAUUGAGAAAUAAAAUUAUAUCUUUGCCAGUAAUAGUGAGAUUGCAAUAGAUUUAGCAACUGGAAAAGUUUCUUUCCCCUUUUCCUCAGAGAACACAAGAGGAAGAGGGCAGGUGAUUUAAAAGGUAUUAGCAGAAAUUAAUUAAAUUGCUAAAUUAUUCUGGAAUACCUAUGGAAUUACAUAUUACAUCUCUACUGGUUCCAUUAAAAUACAUGCGAUUAGCAUCAGUGCAAUUAACUCCCUAGUAUCUAAUAGCAUUCUGCUGCUCUUUAGGUCAUUAAUUUAUGAGCUUCUGUUUUAUAGCUCUUCCCCAGAACUGAGCAGAGGAAAACCUUCAGGAAAAUCUCUGGCAUAGUGCUGUGCAGCCCUUGGCUGGGAUGUGCCAGCUCAGGCAGCACCCAGCGCCAGGCUGCACCCUGAUACAGUGAUAUUUUAUCCUGAGGAUAAAAUCAGUUAUCUGGGGGGUUACUGUGACAGGUCGCUGUGUAUGUUUUUGUUCUGGCUCACCCUGAUAGCUAGCUCUGCAUCCAUGCCUUAUACUGGAAUAAUAUAUUAUUAUAUAUUAUUAUAAUACAUUCCAAUCACAUUGGAAUAAUACGUUAUUAUGUAUUAUAAUAAUAUAUUCCAAUAUAUUAUUCCUUGAGCCUGAUCUAUUGCUAAGGUUGCUUGGGAGGAUGUGUGACCGUGCCCCCUGAGUGGAGCCUGAGUGGAAAGGGAAUAGUGUUUUAUCCCCU